CCCUCGGUAAGACGUGUCCGACAACACCACCGCAACGGGACGGCUUUUCGGGAGUGCCGACCGAUCUCCUCAAACGCCGCGAUCGCUCCAAACUCUCACACACACACACAGGAGAGGCACGCGCUCGCACGCUAUCUUGCCAUCUUUUAAAAUAGCUCAUCCACGCCGUGGCACGGCCGCAGUCAUAUCCACGCCAAUCGGCCGGGAAGGUUGUGCACGGGACGGACUUUCUCUCGUAGACAAGCGCCCUGCCACACUUGUGAAAGAGUUUUGUUUGUAGAAGCGGCCGCUAAAAAUAUCUAAUCGACGGUAAUUGAAGUUUACCGGUUCGCUUCCGUGUUGGCCGCGAUCGUGAGAGCAAACGGGGUGUCCCCGGUGGUGGUGAUUUUUGUGGGCUUCUGCCACCGUCAGCAGGCAUAAAUCGGGCGAGUGUAGCGCAGAUCGCUAAUUUGGAACGUAAACGCAAUGGUGGUGGAGUUGGACGAAGCCGCACCGGCAGGGCUAGACACGGUGGAGCAACGGUUACUCUUUUCCCCGGUCGAUUAUGUCAUCUUCUUCGCGAUGCUCGGACUGUCGGCCCUGAUCGGCGUGUACUACGGGUUCUUUGCCAAGCAGAAGCAGAACAACACUGCCGAGUAUCUGCUCGGCAGCAAGCAGAUGAAGGUGUUCCCGGUUGCGAUGUCACUGACGGCGACCCACAUCUCAGCCAUCACGAUGCUCGGUGUGCCGGCGGAGAUGUACAAGUACGGCAUCCAGUACUGGGCCUGCUCCAUAUCCGGGCUCAUAGUGACCAUCUUCAUGGUAUACGUCUUUCUGCCGGUCUUUCACGAACUCCAAACGGUCUCGUGCUACAGCUACAUCGAGCAGCGGUUCGACAAACGGACGCGAACGUUGGCGAGCGGUCUGUUCAUGUUCUACUGUCUGCUCAACACACCCGUUAUCAUCUAUGCGCCCGCCAUUUGCUUCAGUCAAGUCACCGGUAUCAAUGUGCACAUCAUCACGCCGGUAAUUUGCUGCAUCUGCAUAUUCUACACCACAUUCGGCGGCAUACGUGCGGUCAUAUGGACGGAUACGCUGCAGUUUGGAGCGAUGCUGUGUGCACUGUUCGUUGUGAUGACCCUCGGGACCUUGCAGCUGGGUGGAGUCAUCAAUGUGUUUAAGCUAGCCGAAGCUGGUGGCCGUUUGAUAUGGUUCAAUAUGGAUCCCGAUCCUUAUCUGCGGACCUCCUUCUGGCUGGUAUCGGUAGGACUCACCUCGAUGUGGAUCUCCAACAUCGGUGUAACGCCCGAGUGUGUGCAGCGCUUCUUAACCAUCCCGGACAUGUCCAGUGCCAAGAAAGCAGUUUGGAUCUUCGGUGUUGGCCACAUCCUCGUCAAGCUCUUCUCCGUCUACAACGGUUUGCUGAUCUUCGGCAAGUACCACGACUGUGAUCCCAUCCACGAAGGAACCGUCCAGAAGUACGAUCAGAUCUUCGCCUACUACGUGCUCGAUGUUGCCCGUCACAUUCCAGGCCUGCCGGGACUGUUUGUGGUGGGGAUCUUCUCCGCCGCCCUAUCCUCAAUGUCCACCAGCAUGAACACACUCUCGGGCACACUGUUUGAAGACUUCAUUCGACCGCGGUUCGCACUCAAAGACCAAACAGCCAGCACGGUGGUAAAGGUGAUGGUGAUGACGAUCGGUGUGAUCUGCCUGCUGCUCGUGUUUGUCGUGGAACAGCUCGGCAGCAUCUUUAGCCUGGCCAUUUCGGUGUCGGGCGUUACGUCUGGCACGAUGCUCGGCAUCUUCUUCCUGGGGAUGUUCUCGCCACACAUUAACGGGCGUGGUGCUUUCUGGGGUGCGAUCGUAUCGUUGCUGUCGCUCAGUGUAAUUGCCGUCGGUGCGCAGCUCGAUAUCCUUGGUGGACGGCUUAAGUACGAAAGCCUGCCGUUCCGCUACGAUGGAUGCAAUGGGUUCAAUGUAACGGGCGAGGAAACGAGCACCUUCUAUCGAGACGCACCCGGACACGACAACUCCGAAGUUCCUUGGGUGUUCCGCAUUGGUUUCAUGUACUACUCCCUGCUCGGCACAAUCAUCGUCAUCGUGGUGGGAAUUGUGGUGAGCUUCGCGACGGGAGGUCAGAAAGAACGGGUCCCCCUCAAUCUGCUCACACCCUGGGUACGGCCCCUCUACCGCUCACUAGACUACACGCCCGAAAACGGUGAAUACAAGCUUGCGCGCAGUUGUGAAAUGACCGAUAUAGAGAAAAUCCCUAAAUGAAUUCCACCGCCGUAGCUUGGUA